CGAAAAGUUUGUUUAUUCGCCGAUGCGGUGUGUAAUGACAACGUGCUCGCGUGUUAAAACCACCUCCCCGAAAAUAGACCCUUCGAAACAAAAAAUGACUGCAUUCAAGUGAAGUGGACGGAGCCACGCGUGGACUUUUACAGUCGGGAAGGCACGCGCGAUCCGGCUGCCGCUUUCGUCUUACCUAAAAGGUGAUUUUAAGGCUCGAUUUUUUUGGGGGGGGGACGGACUAUCCUACCUGCUUGAGGAGCGAGAGGAGGAGAAAGUUCUGGAACAUUUAUCACUUGGGACACGACCAAGGUGACCAAAAGAGGAGGGGGCUUCCUUCCUCCCUCAAGCGGCGUUUGGGAACCUCGGGGCUGGGAGAGGAGAAGACGAAGAAGACCCCCAGUGUCCCUCCUUCCAGCAAAGCAAAUCAGGAGCUAAUUGAUUAAAGAGACUUCAUUUGAAUAGGAGGGGGGCUGGCGAGGUGCCAAUCGCCUUUCAAAGAACCCCCCUUCUCCUCCUCCCUUCCCAGCCCCUCCUCGUCCACCUCCCUCCCUCCCUUCCCUGCCCGUAUGAUUAAUCGCGAGGCAUUAUUGAUAAUCAUAACGUGGCACAUGCGCGUUGGAUGGGCUCGAUGCGCGUGAAAUUUUGAGGGGCCUCUCGUUUCAUUUUUUUCUUCUUCGUCUUGUUCGCCUCUUCUUCGCUUGGUGUUUGCCCCAUGUGCCAGCCAGCAUGUCGCGGAGGAAACAAGCCAAGCCGCAACACUUUCAGUCCGACCCUCUGCUACCCGGAGCCGGCCACAAUGGGCACACUGAACUUUGCUCUGAGGACCCCCCUUGCAAGGAGUCGGACGCCCACGUCUGCAACAGAUGUUGUGCCGAGUUCUUUGAACUGUGCGAGCUCGAGGAGCACCAGAAAAAUUGCACUAAAAAUCAGCUAGUCCUGAUUGUGAAUGAAAGUCCAGCCUCCCCCGCUGGAACCUUCUCGCCCGGGUCCCCUCCCGUUAAUUCCGACGACCAGAUGAAUGACACCGCUAAUACCACUGAUCAGGCGGAGUGCGGCGACCUUUCUGAGCCCUGCGCGCUGGAAAAAGACGAAUCCAUGGAUGUGGACGUCUCAGGGAUGAGCAGCGGCCACGAAGAGGAAGGCGGUCAUGUGGAGAGUGGGAGCCCCAGCGAUACAGUGGGAAGCCUGAGUGGCAAGGGCACGGCCGGGCCUGCGGUUGGUACUUCUGCUAUUUCUGCCCCCCUCCCUCAACUCAGCAACCUGGCCGAGCUUGGAAACUUUUCCAUGAUCAACAGCAACGUCAUUAUCGAAAACCUGCAGAGCACCAAAGUGGCUGUGGCUCAGUUCUCCCAGGAGGCACGUACUUCCGGGGGACCCCGGGUGGCGGUGCCUGCUCUGAUGGAACAGCUCCUUGCUCUGCAGCAACAGCAAAUCCACCAGCUGCAACUUAUAGAGCAAAUUCGUCACCAAAUAUUACGUCUGGCCUCCCAGUCCCCAGAAAUGCAGGUUCCAACGACCUCAGCUCCAGGAGCGAUGGGGCCCGCCACUGCCAGCCCGCUGGCUACGUUAAGCUCCCAUCUCUCGCAACAGCUGGCUGCAGCCGCAGGCCUCGCACAGAAUCUGGCCAGUCAGUCGGCCAGCAUUAGCAGCCUAAAGCAGCUCGCUGCUGCGGCACAGCUACCUCAGUCAAACAGAGAGAGCAGCAGUGAGACAUCUCAGAGCAUUAGCAACGUGGGCCCGUCUACCAGCAAUGCCCAACCCCCAGAGAAAAGGCCUUGCCACGUCACUAACACCCCAAUGGCAAAGUCCACCACGCCGGUGUUCGGAAUCAGUAGUUUGCUAAGCUCAGCGGUGAAUCCCCUUCUACCUCAACCCCCGCCAGGAAACCCCAUGUUCUCCAGUUCGCUUCCGAGCGUCGGCACCACUGUUGAGGACCUCAACUCUCUAGCAACUCUGGUGCAGCAGCGGAAAGGCAAGGUGCCCAACGUUGCAUCGUUUGAGACCAAGAGCAGCUCGGAAGAGGCGUUCUUCAAACAUAAGUGCAGGUUUUGCGGCAAGGUGUUUGGUAGCGACAGUGCCUUGCAGAUCCACCUGCGCUCCCACACCGGCGAGAGGCCGUACAAGUGCAACAUCUGCGGCAACCGGUUCUCCACCCGUGGCAACCUGAAGGUGCACUUUCAGCGUCAUAAAGAAAAGUACCCACACAUCCAGAUGAACCCGUACCCCGUUCCCGAGCAUUUGGACAAUAUACCGACGAGCACUGGCAUUCCCUACGGUAUGUCAAUGCCCCCUGAGAAGCCGGUCACCAGUUGGCUGGAUAGCAAACCUAUCAUGCCCACUCUGACUUCCUCGGUCGGUAUGCUGCUUCCGCCGACCAUGCCCAGCCUUCCCCAUUUCAUCAAAAAGGAAGAUCACUCGAUAGCCAUAACUAACCUUCCGGUUCCUUCCACUACAAAUGACUCAGGUGCUUCUGAGCCUUCAACUAAAAGUAGCAGAGCAUCUGAAGAGGGCGAAGGUGCAACUCUGCCUACCUCAAAUGGGAAAACUGAAGAAGGUAGCCAUUCCUCAGGCUUUGUGACCAGUGUCAGCUCAGCUGCUGAGAGUGCCACCGAGUACGCCACAUCAAACAGCCCGCCCAUGUUGACCAAUCCGCUUAUGCCCCUCAUGUCAGACCAGUUCAAGGCAAAAUUCCCCUUUGGAGGAAUCCUGGAUCCCCUCCACGGCUCUGAGACUUCAAAGCUGCAGCAGCUUGUGGAGAACAUCGACAGGAAGGUGACAGACCCCAACGAGUGCGUCAUCUGCCACCGAGUACUGAGUUGUCAGAGCGCACUGAAAAUGCACUAUCGUACUCACACCGGGGAGAGACCCUUCAAGUGCAAGAUUUGCGGCCGAGCUUUUACCACCAAGGGGAAUCUAAAGACCCACUACAGUGUCCACAGAGCCAUGCCUCCUCUUCGAGUUCAGCACUCAUGCCCGAUAUGUCAAAAGAAAUUUACCAACGCCGUGGUGCUACAGCAGCACAUCCGCAUGCACAUGGGUGGACAGAUCCCCAACAAUCCUUUGCCCGAGAACUACCCAGAGUCCAUGGUCUCUGACACCGGCUCGUUUGACGAGAGAAACUUUGAUGACCUAGAUAACUUCUCUGACGACAAUAUGGAGGGGACGGAGGAAGGCCCCGACAGCAGCGUUCCCGACACGCCCAGGUCAGCAGACGCUUCGCACGACAGCCUGUGCGACUCCCCGGUUGCCCUUGACGACGACGGACGUGAGCACGUCCAGGGUGUGGAUGCGGAGGAGCUACGAGAACUCAAAGGUGUGUCUAACGGCUUAGGAGAGGGCGAUUGUCUCACCAACGAUUCCUCAUCUCUUGGCGGGGACAUCGAAAGCCAAAGUGCUGGGAGCCCAGCUGUGUCCGAAUCUACCUCCUCCAUGCAAGCCCCGUCCCCUGCGGGCAUGCCGCAGCAGGCUCGCAAAUCACCAAGUUUGGAAGACAGGCAACAGAGGGCAUUCUCCAUGGAGCACACCGCUCUGCUACAGCCUCACCCUUGUAACAUCGGCGCCUUGGACCUGACGUCGGUCAACCCCUCCAAGGACACCCUGGGCAUGAUGUUCCCCUUCCGUGAGCGCAGCACAGCUAAGAACACAUCUUGUGACAUCUGCGGGAAAACAUUUGCAUGUCAGAGUGCCUUGGACAUCCACUACCGAAGCCAUACCAAAGAGCGACCUUUCAUUUGCACGGCCUGCAACAGGGGAUUCUCCACCAAGGGCAACCUCAAGCAGCAUAUGCUAACCCAUCAGAUGCGAGACCUUCCCUCGCAGCUCUUUGAGCCCUCUAACACCAGCCUGUCCUCCAGCCCCACACCCUCCAUGCUGUCUGUCGGCUCGCUCGGAAAGCCAGAGGUCAACGGCUUCCUGCACAGCCUCCACCCCGAGAGCAAGGACCCCACCUCCUCCUCCUCAUCCACCGCCGCUGUUUCUGCAACAGCAGCCACUGCCGGCAUGGUCACGUCGUCUGCCUCCACAUCACCCGUGCUGUCAGCCGCACCGCCCCGCCGGACGCCCAAGCAGCACUUCUGUAACACCUGCGGCAAGUGCUUCUCUUCAUCCAGCGCCCUGCAGAUCCACGAGCGUACGCACACUGGCGAGAAGCCCUUCGCCUGUAGCAUCUGCGGCCGCGCAUUCACCACCAAAGGAAACCUCAAGGUCCACAUGGGCACCCACAUGUGGAACAGCGCCCCUGCUCGACGAGGGCGCCGGCUUUCAGUAGACGGGCCCAUGGCCUUCCUGGGCGCCAACCCUGUCAAGUUCCCUGAGAUCUUCCAGAAGGACCCGGCUGCGGUGUCACGGGCUGGCGCCGGCGACCCGGCCAGCUUCUGGAACCAGUACGCCGCCGCCUUCUCUAGCGGCCUGGCCAUGAAGGCCAACGAGAUCUCCGUCAUCCAGGGCGGCGGCCUGCCGCCCAUGUCGGGCGCCGGCAUGGGCAACGGAGGCAGCUCGCCCGUCGGCGGCCUAACGGGCAGCCUGGACAAACUCCACAGCGCCGAACCCAACGCCGCCCUGGCCGGCCUGGAGCGGAUGGCCGGCGCGGAGAACGGCGCCCAUUUCAGGUUCACGCGAUUCAUGGAGGACAAUAAAGAAAUCGUCACUAAUUAAACAGAGACACAACCAGAACUGUGAAGACAAGUCUGUUGGAGUUUUUUUCUUUUGUACAAUGUACAUGUUAUAGUUCCCGGGAGCUUAUUUAUUAGUGGCUAUAACCGUGCUUGAGACGCAGUGGAAGCAUUAUAACAGUUAGAUCAGAUGUGUGUGCGUGUGCGAGCGUGUGCGCUUCUUCUAAAGACGACGUGUGAUAGAUAUUCUGACCUUGGCAUUAAGUUAUUUCCGUGUCCCCCUUGUAGUGUUACAUAGCUAUGACGUCUGCCUGUAAGAUGCAAAAACGCUGUAAAUAUUGUACACUGAUCUUCUUGUAGACAGUCUGAUGUGUGUUCAAGACUCCCCCCACAUUUUAUUUUAUUUAAGGAAGAUGAAACAUGGACGUUUAGGUGUUUCUUGCUACUUUUUAUGAUUGUUUACUUCCAUACUCCUCCACCCCUCGCCCCCAUAUUUGGAACUGAGACAACCAAUUGUUCUCCGCAGUGCUGCUAACGUGACGUGUUGAAGCCCCACCCCCAAAAGAAGAUGAUGCACAUACAUGUCGAGAAGAAGUCCAGUGGACACUCAAAAAGGACUGAUAGUGUUGUUGUCUUUUUUUAUAUAUAUAUAAAUAUAAAUAUUAUAUUGGGGUUUGACAAACCUUUCGGACUGUUACAUGCACUUUCUCGGAAAGGUAGAAAAUGUUUAAUGGGUCCAGUUUCUCUACACUUUAAUACCUACUAACAAAAACUCUAAGAUACUGUAAUUCUUUACUCGAGUAAUAAUCAAAUACAUCAGUUUUCCAAAUGA